UCACGAUCACAAUCAGUCUCACUCCUAGAGUGGCGGUGGACAGACGUGUGUUACGCUAAUACGUUUAUGCUCUGUAAAAAUGACUGAAUGGUCCAAUGAAGAAGUUUUAACCUUCCUUGAUUAUUACAAAAAGGAACCAUGCAUUUGGGACCCGAACAAUGUCGAUCACAAGGAUAAAAGAAAAGUAGCUGACGCCUGGAUUCGCAUCAGCAAAGUUACGAGAGUAUCGGUGAGGGACUUGAAGAUCAAGAAGGAAACUCUCAUGGCCGCAUUUAGGAAGCAUUUGAAAAGGAAACAAGAAAGUAUUACUUCUGGCGCAGAACGUGUGUAUGAACCGAUCUGGUUUGCAUAUGAAAUGAUGGAAUCGUUUCUUCUGCCGGUAUACACCUUGAAGUUGGGCUUAAGCUCUAAAAUGCAAUCAAGAUCAUCAGAUACAGCUACUGAAGAAAUGGUUGAUGAAGAUGAGGAGGAGGAAAACGAUAACAGCAUAGCGUCUCCAUCGACCUCUGCCGCUGGCACCACACCAAAUAGAAACAAAAGCACUGGAAAGGCUCACCAUAGACCUGUACCAGACUUGGCUGAACGACAAAUGGCCAAAGCGUUCAGCCAACUGACGAGAACACUAAGCCAACGCCAGUCAACCUCAGCAGAUGACGAUGAAUGCGAUCUCUAUGCUAAACUUCUAGCCAAAAAGAUGAGAGAACUCCCCAAAGUUGAAAGGCACUUGAUGAUGUAUGAAAUAGACGGUUUGUUCGUCCAAAAAAUUAAACGGAGGUCCUUUAUGCAUAGGUCACCGUCCCCUCAGUAUUAUCAUUCCAGGCCAUCGUCAGCAUCGAGUGAAUACACGGCAGCAAACCGAUCUCAUAAUCCAUUGACGACAAACACGAGAGACAGAACCACCUCUGCUGACAAAAAUAUCGAUGACAGCAUAAUUGUCUACGUAGCAGACUCCUCAAACCCAAAACCUGGUAUUAAAAUAAAAACCGAGGAAAAUGAAGAAGAAGAAAGUGAAAAAAGAAGCGGAAGUGAAUAAAUAAAACGAUUUUUUAUAAAUAUAAAGCA